UGUUUAUUUUGUUAUUAACAGUGAGAAAUAUAAAGAAGAAUCAAAAACAUCUCAUAUAGUGAUGGUGUAAAUAGUUAAAUUAUAUUAAAUAAUAGUUAUGCAUUAUUUUAAAAUCAUGGGUUACCGGUUGAUGUGUGUUGUGAUUUCAUUGCAUUUGAGUGUAGUCUUUUCAGAAGACUGCCAAACGCCUUUAGGAGUGACCAGUCAGUGCGUCUCUUUGUACGACUGCCCACAACUCCUGAGUGCAUUUAACCAGCGGCCGCUGCCCAAUCGAGUGGUCACCUUCCUGAGAUAUUCGCAGUGCGGUUUCGAUGGGUACACUCCGAAAGUCUGCUGCGGUCCGCUACCAGAAGACCAGGGAGGUGAUACUACGAGAAGACCAGCCGUGACCACACCACCAAUAGGGACAGAUGUAGAACCUGCGAAUGGAGAGGAUUCUUCUCCCUCCGGUCGUGGCGAGUGCGGGGUCGAUACUAACGGAGAUCGGAUAUAUGGUGGACAGUUUACGGAGCUAGACGAAUUCCCGUGGAUGGCGUUAUUGGGGUACAGAAAACCUGAUGGAAGAAGGACGUAUCAAUGUGGUGGUGUGCUCAUCAACCAUCGCUACGUGUUGACUGCAGCGCAUUGUGUCACCGGCGCUGUGGAGACAGAAGUAGGACAACUAGUCUCUGUACGCUUAGGCGAAUAUGACACUCAAAGCGAAAUAGACUGUAGCGAUGGCGUUUGCGCAGAACCGCCUCAAGAGAUCGCUGUGCACCGGUCAUUCCCACACCCAGGGUAUUCAGAUAGAAAUAAGAACAAAAAGGAUGAUAUCGGAAUGGUCCGACUUGCUAAGAGAGCGAGAUAUACUUAUUACGUGCAGCCUAUUUGUUUGCCCGACACAACGACCAGAGUGGGACCUGGAUUCGAAGUAUUCGUGGCCGGUUGGGGAAAAACCUUACAAGGUACUAAUAGCCCCGUCAAGCUGAAGCUAGUGUUGCCAGUAUUCGAAAAAAAUGACUGCGUGAACAAAUAUAAAACGCUUGGUGCCAAUCUUGUGAGCGGACAGUUAUGUGCCGGCGGUACCUUCUCCAAAGACGCGUGUAGAGGAGACUCGGGCGGACCUCUGAUGAUGAAGAGGCCGGAAGGCUCCUGGGUGUCAGUUGGCGUCGUAUCGUUCGGCUACGGCUGCGGCAGGGACGGGUGGCCUGGAGUGUACACGUCGGUAGCAGCUUACAACGAUUGGAUUCAAUCCAUUUUAACUUCCACCAACCAAUAGGGACAGCGAUAGUUAAAGAACUUACCUGGACGAUUUUCUCUCCUGUAAAUCUAAGAUUUCUUCCUUUGUCGAUUGUCCCGUGUCAGCUUUCUUCCUGUACCUUCUGUUACAUUUUUUGUAUCGUCACAAACCUCUGUCAACUUUAUUUAUAAAAUGUUUCUACGAUCUGAUCAAAAGACUUAUUUUAAUUACAUCCUUUGAGAGA